UAGUUGGAAUUAUUCUUUUACCGGAUUAAUUGAUCGAUCAUGACUGCAGUUCUGGUUGAGGGUGGUGGGCUCAUGGUCCUGGCCGUCUGGCUGAAUCUGGUGCCGCUGCUGGAGGGCUGCCCGGCCAAGUGUGUCUGCUUCAGCGAGCCCCGUCCCACUGUGGCAUGCCAGCAGCAGGGCCUGCUCUCCAUCCCCGCGGAGAUCCCGGUGCGGAGCCAGAGGAUCUUCCUGCAGAGCAACAAGCUGACGGUGGUGCGUUCCACCAGCUUCAGUCAGGUGCGCAACCUCACCGUGCUCUACCUGUACAAGAACAACAUCAGCCACAUCGAGGCCGGCGCCUUCUUCGGCCUGGACCGGCUAGAGGAGCUGGACAUCAGCGACAACAACAACCUGCGCAUCAUCAGCCCCACGGCCUUCCAGGGCCUGACCAAGCUGCACACCUUGCACCUGCACAGGUGCGGCUUCUCGCAGCUGCCCGUGGGCGCCUUCCACGGCCUCUCCUCCCUGCAGAAGCUCUACCUUCACGACAACACCUUGCUGGCCCUGCACGACGACACUUUCCUGGACCUGGCCAACCUCACCAUCCUCUUCCUGUACAACAACAAGAUCAAGGUGGUCACGGACCACAUGCUGCGCGGCCUCAGCAAUCUGGACCAACUGCUCUUGCACCAGAACCUGAUCACCUUUGUGCAGGAGAGGGCCUUCAGCUCCCUCCGAAAACUCACCACCUUGUACCUCUUCUACAACAACCUUACAGUGUUGAGCGGGGAGACCAUGGACCCUCUUCUCUCCCUGCAGUACCUCAGGCUAAACGGCAACCAGUGGAUCUGUGACUGCCGCGCGCGGACCUUGUGGGACUGGUUCAAGCGCUUCAAAGGCUCCAGUUCGGAGCUCGAGUGCUACGUGCCAGCUUCGCUUACGGGCAAGGACCUGAAACGGCUGAAGAGUGACGAUUUGGAGGGAUGCGUUGAGACCCCGUCCCAGGUUCAGACCAGUGUUUUCAGCACCAAGACCCACUCUGGAAAGUUCUUCUCCUCCUCUGACGACAUGCUGGGCGAGUCCAUUCCCAGGUGUUGUCUGACGGGCUACGAUAAGUCCUCCAUUAUUUCCAGCAAAACAAUUCCCGACCCUUCAUCCUACAACAGCCGCCAAAUAACCAACAACCCUUUGAAGGACAAGGAGAACAUGUCAAAGACUAAGCAUCGAGAGGAGAGAACAAAAAACGACACCCGUUCCAAGCAGAGCCUGAAUGACGGGCCUUUGGGGACAUUAUCCAAUGGCCUGGAUAGCUUACAGCCCGAACUGAUAGAAAACCUGGAGCCCUCCACAGCCCCGUCCAAAAAGAAAAAGAAAUGUGCGAAAAAGCCCAAAUCGGACACUCAGUGUCUUAAAGGUCACGGAUCUACAUUUGAAUCACUGAGCCUUGUCUUUCUGCCCUUGUUCUGGCUUCUCGUGACCAUGUCUUAAUUAAUGCUAAAGAAAAACCUCUUUUUGUUCAUUGCGCUCAUAAGAGUCAACCCUGCAGGAACCUCGAAAACGCAGGCAGAGACUGUACGAAGGAAUGCGGGCCUGAGCCACAAAAAAAUAAACUGACAGAACAAGACAGAACAAAAGAGAAAACAAAAAAAGUUGAGGAUAAAUCAAAGAAAUGGAUGCCUUUACAGAACCCAUCAGAUCUAAUGUAUAUAAAAAAGCAUUGGUGCCCACAUGUUUGUCGUAUGUACUUUACUGUACUGUGUCUGAGCAACACUUUGGAGAAAUCCCUUGCCCUUCCCUUGCAAAGUUUGUACUGAAAGACAAUGACAACAGUUGACAGCCCUAAGGAAAUCAAAGACAGUAAAAGAGAAAAAACAAAAACAGUAUUGCAGUUCUGAAUCCACGCAGAGAAUGUUGCCGUUCUGAGAUCUGGGAAGUGACAGGAUUUAUGUUCCUUAUGUUUUAUUCAAAGUGAUGCAUUUGUUUAAAAAUGUUACGUUUUUUAUGUUUCUAAGUAUUUCUGUAAAAGGAAAAAAAUGUUUACUCUCCCCAAAUAUGAGUUCUGGUUUCAUCUCACCAUGGUUAACGGUGGCAUUAAUGAUGGAUGCUGUCGAAUGGUUCACCAAGACUGCGA